UAUCAUUUAACAACCUGUGAUCAUUCGUGGUGUAAAUGUAUCAAAAACGGGAUUGUUAUUUUUUCUUCUUGUGAUCUUACAUUACUCAUUACAUAUAUUUAAACAUUUUUCUUGAAUAACUUGGAUUAGACGUUGGACGUUCACUCAGUUUAUAGUAUCGAUCUACACCUGCGGUAAUGGUCCUUGAAAACUGUUUUAUUUCGGAUCAGUUUGCAAUUUAAACAAAUCAAAAUUACGCUACUACUUAGUGCUUAUCUUUAUAAAAAAAGUGUCACAAUCUGAACAAAUAAAACAAUGUUAGGCAGAAAUUUACGUAAGUUUGCUAUGUGUAAAAACGCAUGAAAUGCCUGUUUGCGUUGUUAUUCUGCAAUGAAAAGCUUUUUAAAAAUGCAUUUUUAUAACUAAUACUUUAAUCAAAAGUUUUUAUAUUUGACUUUUCUACGUUGUUAUCUUUUGAGAGAAAAAACAUCGGUAUUCAUAUUGGGCUGUUUUAAUUUAGAACGCAUGUAAAAAAAGUUGGAGUGGAUAAAUAGUGACAUCAUAAAGGUGACGCGUUUAUUGUGAAAUAAGUUUGUGUAUUCCAUCCUUGUGUCACAACUGAAUGAUUUUUUUUCUUUGACUGUUUUUUUUUCUCCACACAAUACAAUAAGUCAGCUUUAUUUAAUAGUUGAUAAAGUGCUAUAUGACAUUAUGAUUUAAAAUUUCAUAUUUAAAAGAGAGGAAAUAAAUAUAUGUAUGAUGGCACAGACUUGGAUUAUAUGUUUGUGAUAGACGAAUAAAGCAACGUUUUGAUAUAAAAAUAAAUUCACAUCUACAUAAAAAACAAUGUUGGGGACAUUACCACCUCAAACUAUCGAUCAUCACGCCGGCAUGAUGAACCCAGCGAAGAGAUUUCGUCGGGAAGGCAGUUUACCUGAUACAGAUCAUGGUUCGUCGGAUAGUUCUCCAGAUACGUCAUAUAACAGAAAAUACGCCAAAUCUAGUGUGAAAUCAGAACCUUCAGCAGAAGAUGGACAGAACUUCACAGACGAAGAAAGUGUGUUUGAUGAAGAAGAACGCGCCAUGCUUAGCGAGGUUGGUCACGUGGAUGUGAAUGGCAACAGUAACCAAGCACCUAAGAAAACUGUAGCUCAAAUUAUGCGUGACAAGAAAAAGCAGACGGCGAUGACACUACAGUGGUUAGAGGCCAACUACUGUAUAUGCGAGGGUGUCUGUCUCCCGAGGUGUAUAUUGUAUGCGCAUUAUCUAGACUUUUGUCGUAAAGAAGGCCUGGAACCAGCAUGUGCGGCUACCUUUGGCAAGACUAUCCGACAGAAGUUUCCACAUUUAACAACAAGACGUCUUGGAACUAGAGGUCAUUCGAAGUACCAUUAUUAUGGAAUAGGAAUUAGGGAAACCAGCCAAUAUUAUCAUUCCGUAUACACAGGCAAAGGUCUUACCAGGUUUUCUGGUUGCAAACUAAAAAAUGAGGGCGGAUUCACUAGAAAAUAUUCACUCAGUUCUAAAACAGGGACUCUGUUGCCGGAGUUUCCUAGUGCUCAAUAUCUUAUCCUACCCCAGCAAGUGCAGAAAGAUAAGGUUGAGACAUUUAUCAUGAUGUAUAAAACACAUUGUCAGUGCAUUCUUGAUACAGCAAUUAACGCAAAUUUUGAAGAGAUUCAGAAUUUCCUUCUGCAUUUCUGGCAAGGACUUCCGGAACAUCUACUGCCACUAGUAGACCAUGAAUUGAUCAUAGAUCUUAUUUGUGUUUGUGACUCCAUUCUAUAUAAGGUUUUAACAGAGGUAUUGAUACCGUCCACGAUGCAAGAAAUGCCAGAAACGCUAUUGUGUGACAUCCGCAACUUCGCGAGGCACUGGGAGAAUUGGAUGUCAACAGCUCUGGAUAAUCUACCAGACAAAUUGUCGGAACAUAAAUUACCAGUUGCAAGGAGAUUUGCAUCUGCUUUAAAACGACAAACUUCAUUUCUUCAUUUAGCACAGACAGCCCGGCCAGUUUUAUAUGAUGCUCAACUCGUCAACCAGAUGAUAAGUGAUGUUGAUCGUAUAGAUCUUACUUCUAUCGGAACUCAUGCAUUAAAUGCCAACAACGACGGUGAUCAAGACAUAGAACUAAACGCGGAGCGUGAGUUGUUAAGGGAGUUCAAGGAACUUCUGCGGAAGCAAGCAACAGUCGAGGCGUUUACAGAAUGGCUGGACCAAGUAGUCGAACAAAAGAUCAUUAAACCAAGUAAACAGAAUGGCCGAUCAUUUAAAAAAAGAGCACAAGAUUUCUUGCUGAAGUGGUCUUUCUUUGGUGCUCGGGUUAUGCACAAUUUGACGCUGAACAAUGCUCAAUGCUUUGCAUCAUUUCACUUGAUAAGAAUGCUUUUGGACGAGUACAUACUUCUUGCUGUCGAAUGUCAACUACAUAAUGAGAAAGAAACGGAAAUACAAACUUUGUUAGAUAAACAUACAAAAGCUGACGAAGGGGGUGUUCGACAACCUUUGAACACAACACCGAGUACAUGCUUUGUUGCGAACCGAAUUACCAAGCCGAGUAAUGGAGAUGUGAAAAAGGAAAACUAUCUGAAUCACCAGAUGGGUAAUGGAUCCUUCCAGCAAUAUCCGGGCUUAGCGGACCGAGAUUUCAACAACCCAUUGUUACCUUUACAGUCAAUGGUAGGCUCUCAGCCUAUCAACGGACACAUGAUGACUCCACCAAUGUCACCUAUUGUUCCAAAUCCUACUAGAGGUUCAGUCAUCAACCCUGGUCCAUUGUUUAAUCCAGCUGCAUCUCAAACAUCGUCAAUUUUAUCAUCUUCAUCGUUUCCUUAUAUGGCUCAAGAAUUUCCAAGUGCGGGAUCAUCACAUAUAAACAGUUCUUGGGGAGGAGGAGGAACAAAUAGUGCUUUUAGAAACCCAUUUUACAAUUCCAGUUUAUAUUCAUUUAAAAACGAUUUUGACCCAUACAACCCUUACACGGACAGUGCGGAUUUAUUUUACAAUGGAUUUUCGUCCUUUCCUGCACCACAACCCGUGUCACAGUCUAGUUUUCAAACAAAUUCACUACACCAGUCCGGUUCUGCGUUUAACAUAGUUCCGACUGGUACAAAUUCAGGAUUUUCCAGCAAUCAACCAGCUUUUCCGCAAGAUUUCGGUUUCGCUGGCAGUUCAUUUAAUCAUUCACAGAAACCUAUAGCCGAAUAUGUUCCUGUUAUACAGCCUCGACCACAACUUACUCAGUUCACACCCGACUAUACAAAUGACACAUUGAAUAUUCUUGACAAACCUCAUCGUCAUAAGGACACAUCAAACUUCUUCAAUAGUUCCAGUCCGGCCAGUUGUCAUAGCCCAAGGCAUCAUGAUAACAUGAGCUCAGAUGAUAUUCUAAACAUAGCAUCUUGUAUGACUGGAAUGAUUAAUGUUGACCAUGAAAUUCAUCAAGGUUUUACAGAUCCUGGACCUCUACCGUCAAUUAACACGGUGUUUGACGCUGGAAAAUCUGUCUAUUGACAUGUUAGAAAGUGAAAAUAAUAAUAUAAGAUUCAAACGCUGUCUUAUAUGUAUUAUACGAGAGUUAUAUUAGGUUAGAAUGGACAUUGAUGGCUCAUCAUGGUGAUGUUUCUAUUCAGAGGAAAACCUGCAACACAAGACCAGCUUGUAUGUCAAAUGCAAGGAACAACAUAAUAAGCAAAGAAACAGCGACAACUAAUGAGUGAGGUGAAAUGUACGAGUAAUGUCUCAGAUAAAAAAAAAAAGAAACAACUAAGCAUGGGAAAUUAACAAGAGUUGUACCAAGUGCGUCAUUUAGUGACAUGAUGACGAAUGUUUACAGUAAUCGAUGUGUUGUUAUUGAUGUGUUAUCGAAGCUAUCACACAUGGUAAUGUAAGGAUAAUUAUAACAACCUUAAUUUCAACAUUGUUAACAUGUGACUAUUGAGAGAACUGGGAAAGUGACAUUAUGCUUUGAAGAGGAACAUAACACUGUGCUUAUAUUGUUAAACAUUUCUUACUUAAAAUAAAACCUUUAUUUAUAGAGUAAGGAACUUGAAUAUGAAAUACCAUGUAAAUAUAACUACAAAAGUAUUCGAAAACGAAAAGCUGACAAACCUUUAAAAUCCAUAAAUUGUGAAAAGCAAUAUAUCUUGCAAUAUUGAUGAUUAACUAUUAUUCAAAAAAGAAGCGGUAUAUGUAAAGUAAACGAUUAGUUUUCUUCGCUGAAGGAAAGAAAAACAACAACAACAACGGAGUAAUGUGCGCAAUGAUACAUAUAAAUAUUCAAGACUAUUUUCAUCCGUUCCGUAAUCAUAGUAUCCAGAGCAAUAUCGUAAAUACAUUUGAACUUUAAACGUGUGCAAUUGAUUUUAUGGCCCUAAAAUAAUGUAGACAUAUAUAUAAUGUAAAGCUUCAUUGUUUUGAAAGUCAUAUAAACACACGUUGCAAUCUCUACUGCAUUGUUGUUAUUUUUAUUGUUAAACAUUGAUAUCUGUAACAUGUUAUGUGUAAGUUAUAAACAUGUAUUAGAGAUUUUAUUUUUUCACUAUUAUUUUUUUCAAUUCCAUGUUAAUUUGUGUCUGAAAUACGUCACAACCGAGCUGGGGCAAGAUCUGAUUUAGAUACGGAGUAUAAACCGUUUAGAAAAUAUUUACUUUUACUGUUUUUAUCAAAAUGUAUUGGAAGUAUGCUGUUGAAAUUUAUUCUAUAUUAUAUUUUUGAACGAAAGUCUAUGGUAGAAUUUCAUUUGUCUUGAUUCUUGUUAAAUUUUGUAAAUUCCCAAUUGGAACUGAGUGUUUUGGAAAUUAAUAUGAUGAAUGCUAUGAAUAUGCUCAUCUUGCCUGGAUAGGAGGUCGAUAUGUUUGGUUAGUAGCAUGAAUUAUAUAUGUGCGAUCUUUGCAAACUAAAAAUAACUUACUGAAGCUUAUAAAAAGACUUAAAGUAAAGCCUACCGGUUUAUGAACUCUAACCCCGCUAUAUAUCUCAUAUGAACUUGUCCAUCUUUCAAUCUGGACAAAAUUAUUCAUCGUUUCAGAAAAAAACAAGCUGAAAAGCCAUGAUAUGUUGUUGCCAUCAGGCUAGGAGUUUAUAAAAGUACAAGGUCAUGCUUACAAAAGUAACUUUUCCCCAAAACACUUUAAUUACCUCUCUGUAAACAAUGAAGAUCAGGAAACAUUCAAUCAGACUUUUUUAUCACUGUGUUUGAAUAUAUGUGUUUGUGUGUGUCAGCUUUGUCAUUGCUACAAAUGUUUAUGAAGGAUUUCAUGUAAAUUUGUUUCUGAAAAUUGCAAUAAUUUCAUAUAAUUUUAUGCAGAUUUUUACGCGAAACAUAUCCUAGUUCUUCACAUUAUAUUGUUGUUGUAUGCGUUUGUAUGUACUAUUUUGAAUAUCAGAUAUGACGGAUUAAAAUAAUGAAAAUGUUAAA